UUCAGCAGCAUCCUUUGAAAAACGCUCCUUCGACGAACAAACGGAUAAAAUCCCGCUUUAUUUUUGGACGAGUGGAGUAGUUUUCUAUUUAUACCUUUAGAAGAUUUGUGGCAGAUUUUGUUUAAUUAAAGAGUCCAAUAUUUUUGGUUUAUUGUGCCUACCGUGGCACGAAAUAUUUCCAGCGAAAAGAGAGGAUGUAAGUUUGGAACACUAUGCAGUUUUCGGUUAAACGUUAAAUUAUUACAAAGAAGUGACAUUGGUUUUCUGACAUUUUGAUGAAAAAACUGGAAAACCAAGAGUGGAGUUUUCUGUUCAGAUAGAGCAGCUUUUUGAGUUAAACUCAAUCAUGGCAUUCAAGUAAUUCCUUCCUGCCGUGCUAAAGACAAUCAAAGGCCACAGUAUGAGUGCUUCCAAGCGUCUCUGUAGCAUUCACAAAAUUCGUGAGGUGCAGUUGCCUCUCAUAGAAGUGGCAGAACAGUACGAUGUGAUCCGAGAAAUCGGAUCAGGUGACUACGGCAAAGUCAUGUUGGCGGUCCAUCGGGACACUGACUCUCAGGUGGCGCUGAAAGCCGUCCCCAAAGCCACCACACCCAUCAAGGACUUCCUCAUCGAGUUCCACUACAGUUAUUUCCUCUCCCCUCACAACAACGUGCUAGACACUUACGACGUCGCGUUCGAAACCGUAGAACACUAUAUUUUUGCCCAAGAAGUGGCUCCCUUUGGGGACUUGUGGCAAGUCAUCGAACGGACGGGAGGCAUGGAGGAACAGGACCUGAAAAUAGUCAUCAGACAAAUCACUUCAGCUCUGGAGUUUAUGCACAGUAAAGGUCUAGUUCAUCGUGAUAUGAGAGCGGAAAACGUACUAGUGUUCUCAGAAGAUUUCUCCAGGGUAAAACUCACAGAUUUUGGCCUGACUAGAAGGACGGACACAUUAGUAAAGAAGAGGACGAGAUCCUUGCCCACUUGUCCACCAGAAAUCUGGGAAGCUGUGCACUUAGAAGGGUACACAGUCGAAAUCGGAUCCGAUGUCUGGCAGAUGGGUAUGUUCGUCUUCGCCGGAUUGCUGGCCCGGUUUCCAUGGGAUAAAGCCGAUAUCACGGACCCGAAGUUCUCCGAGUUCGUUCAGUGGCAGAAACGGAAGAUAACAAGGACACCGAAAGAUUUCCGCCGCUUCACUCCCAGGUUACAUCGCCUCUUCCGGAGACUCAUGGAUCCCAAGCCAUCCAAACGAUACGAAAUCAAAGAGGUCUACAAAUAUCUGGGAGACAAAUGGCUUAUCUGCCGCAGCCCACGAGUAACUACAACAAUCAGCAAAUCUGACGUACUAGAAGCGUCCAACUAUCGUCACGCGGAACACCUUGGCGAGAUGCUGUCGAAUUUGAACGUCGAAUCAAACAGUGGACAGAGGGAAUCCAGGGAACAACGCAUCAGCGAUUGGGUGCAUUCGACUUACGAUGACUCGAGUGACAGUUAGGCAGCAUUGCUGCAGAAUGUGUUUCACUCUUCUUCAACUAGAGCUAUUAAUACCGUCGUAUCUUGGAUUUUGAGACUGUACUCCGAUUCAGGCCAAGUUCAAUCAAAUAACUCUUUUGUCACGGCCUUCUGUUCAGUCAAUCCAUCUGUUCAAUCAAGGAGAGAACAUGCUAGAUUUCAAAAUAUAUUUUCGAAAGUAUACACACCAAAAUACUGGGUGAUUUAAAGAGAAUGAUGGGGUUUUAAAAUGGCGUAAUGUUCCAUGACAAACAUAUGUAACAAAAGAAAUGUUUUUUACUUACCUAAACCAUUCUAAAGGUGUUUUAUGUGCUCUCCUCCUGACACCUGAACGAUAUCCCACCUGUAAUCAGAACUCCUGCCAUACGUUUAGUAGCAUGUACGCAGUCACAGAAGCUAUUGAUACAAAGACCCAAUUUUUCAGUUCGUUCGGAUUAGCAGCGUAACCAGGGGGUGGGAGUUAAAACGCAGUAGCCUUUACAUAUUCUCACAGGCAACAAUCCCAUGGUAUAAGAUCUGGUGACCUAGGGAGGUUCAAUCAUAAAGUGCUAAUCACCUCUCCUUGAUCGCCAUUUUGGCUAACUGAAUAAUAGCCAACAAGUGAGACCCAUGCGAGAACAUGAAAAGACACCUAGCGGCAGUCAAAUAGCGCUUAACAUCUCACCCUUUCAUUCAAGCUCCACCAGAGAGCUGUACUGCUGUGGGCAGGUAAACGGCAGUAUCUACAGAAGCGAAUUUUCGACAUAUUUGAAGAAAUGCGUUUUGAAUUCAAUACUAACAACAGAGAAAUGCUGGAAUUAGACGUCCCCCCCCCCCUCACCUUUUUUUUUUCAGCGGACACCAAAGAAGCAAGCUUGUACAACGAAGUCAACGUAUAAUACAUGACAAAAAUGCAAAAAAAUAAAUGAAAUAUUUGCAGUUACUGCUCUUUACUUCCCCACAGCAGUGUAGGUUUAAUAUUCUCUUAAUGGAUAUAGCCUUACGAAACCCAACCAUAGCUUUUGAAUCACCCUGUAUAUCAUGAUUCACCCCAGUAAUUGGUCCAUUCAGUGCUUGGUACAAUGUAAAAGAGGACAAUAUUUGAUACAUUAAAUCAAACUUUAUCAUGCAUUUUUCAAGCUGCAAGUUUUCUUAAUUGUAAGAGCUGUUAUGUUUUCAAUUUGCCUUUAGAAGUUACGGACUCUUCGCUUCUUUUUCUGGAAUAAAAUUUAAGUUUCCACCAGAAAUAUUUUAUGAAUAUCAAUUGAAUAAAAUCUUUUGUGUUCGAUACUUGAAUUUAAUAAACAGAUCAGUAAACAACAAGAAGAAAAGUUGUGUAAUCUUUGACUUUUUGGACAUAGCUUCUAAUGAGUUUCCAGAUAGAAAAAGAAAAGAAAGCAAAAUUAUAGAAUCGAUCUAAGAUUGCGAACUUCUAUUUUUUUAUUGGUGUAAUACAAAAAUAAAAAAGGAUACAUGACGAAAAGGUUUUUGAUAUCUACAACACCGAAUUUAGUUUGUACAAUUCCACCUCUGCAAACGGGAAUUCAGUCUAUUACAAAGAAUAUUUUAUUAAUGUUAAGUGAGUAAAACUCCAGAACUGGAAAUAGCAAACAUAAAAAGAUGCAAAUAUUUAAAAGGUAAUUUUAACUAGUACGAUUACACAUUAGCAAACACGUUUUAAGACUUUAAUCUUCUUUUAAUUGCUAAAAAAGAUUGUACCCCAUUAGCAUUAUUGGAAAAAAAAAGUCGUUUGCUGUUAUUAUUAUUUAUUUAUUUAAUUUAACGUAUAAAUAAGUAUAAACUCGAUAAUGUACAUAUGUACGUAUAGUACGCAAUUUUUUUGUUCUUAAAGAGCAAUUUCAAGAAAGAAAUAAAACCGAUGAAAUCAGAUGAUAAACAAAAGCAAUUUCAACAAUAUGAAAAAAAUUGAUUCUUGAAAUUAUGUGUUUUGUGUGUAGAAUUUUAUCAAUUGUUUCAAAAAUUCAAAACCGUAUUUAGUUUUCUUUAAAGACCAGUGAAACGACAUGAUUCUUGGUAUACACUAUAGCACCAAAAGUAUUAGGACACUUUCAAAAAUUCACAUUUUUACGGAUUUCUCGAGAAAGAAGAGACCAACUGUUCUGUAACUUCUGUCACAUAAAAAGUAUGCUCUACUAUCAUUUUUGUAAAAAAGUAAAUCACCCAUGUAUUUAGUGAAAAAUUGAGAAAGCAACAAAAGAUUUUUGAUCAUCUUUCAUCGUAAAUACCUGGGAAUAAGCUAUAAAUUUCAGAAAUAAGUUUACGAACUAUGCAGACUUUAUUUUUAUAUUUUCAUGAAAGUAUCACCUGUAUUCACGAAUAUAUAAGCAUUUCUUUCAAAAUUAAAAAUUUUAUUUGAAGGUUUUUGACUCAUAACACUCAGAGUUUUCCGUCACAGCUUACCAAACUUUUAGAAUAUUUGAAAGUAUGAAAAAGCAUUGCGGAGGACUCUUAUAUUUUUGCUUAUUCUAGUCGAAUUUGCAAAUAUUUUGACUUUUAACUCAAAAGUUUAGCCAUUGAGUGCGUGGCAACAGCAACAAAUUUAUUUCUUAAAGUGAGUCGCUUAUUUACAAGUUCUGUCUCCCACUUGCAUAUCUGCCGGUAGCGGCAUGUGCGGCGUUUAUAUUUUAAGUUGUAAAUAAAAAGAAUUUUAUUUAAUAUUUAAGUGUUCUUCCAUAUGUUCGCGGCCGAAUGGACAGUAUAAUAUUAAACAGUAUAAUACCACGACAGUAUAAUACUAAAAUUUGAAAUUAAAAUAUUGAAAACUUCAUGAAAUGUGAACGCUUAUACCAUUGAACUUUCACUGCGCAUGCGCGAAAGAUAGCAAUUUAUAACCUUCAUAAUUUAAAACCGAAGUAGAUCCCUCAACUUAUAGCAAAAUUCCAGUUCAAUAUUUUGAAAAUUUAAAAAGAUAUCAGCAAUCUAAUGAGCCGACUUUCAAUAAUUCUUGGAUAGGCGACGAAUCGUGAGACGACAUCUGUUUUUAAGAUGAAUCGCACUGAACGUUGAAAAUUUGCGAACGAUUGCGUGUCGUCGGGGUGCGUAUGCCAAGAAAAAGAGAAUGAAGCAAUAAAAAUAUAAAUAAAUAAUUUGAGUUCUAAAAUUUUGACUUUAAAUUAUGUGAUUUCGCAAUCACGAGUUGCGACAGGACCUUACUCAUUGGGGUUAUUUUCCUUAGAAACAGCUCCUGUCCCCCCAAGCCUGACCCUCCUCCUGACAGGUUACGUGUGUAUACUUGUGUAUGUGUAGGCUUGUGUGUAUGCACGUAGGCGUGUGCGUAUGUGUGUAAAAGCGCGCGCGUAUGUGUGUAGGACAUGGACACCACUGCCCAGGAGAAGCGGAUUCCGGGGGACAGUGCUCAGAACCAGAGGAGCCACGCCUGCAGAGGCUGGUGGGUGGUGGUGCUGCAGAGGCCCCUGGUUCAAGCUGAAAAAGGAACCAAACUUCAAACGCGGUCAAGUGCGAACAAUAAGCAAUCGCGAUUGCUCAACAAAACACGUAUAGGAGAAUUUUACUACUAGUGAAGUAAAAACAGAAGUUGAAAAUUUUUUAAUGAUUUUGUUUAAAAUAUAAGCUUUUAGACAAAGUUCAACCUUUUUUUAACUAUUCGUAAACAUAAUAAAGCGAAAAAAAACAACGUAGAUUUUAUACAGAACAGUUUUGAUGUAAAACAUAUGAAACAACGUAUUUAAGAGUUUUUAGGAUUUAAAAUCAAGUUGCAGAACAAAAAGUCUUUUUUACUGUCUUUGUUGCGCUAAUUCCGGGAUAGUUAAACUUCGGAAUUAGCAAACUAAAAAGAAAAUAAUUUUAAUAAUGGUUAAUAAUGUUCAAGUCGUAACAUUUCUUAUUUCAUGUUCCAUAAAAGAAUACAUACACACUCAGCAAUUCUAUUUUACCAGUUCUUGAGUUAAUUCACUCAACUUUUAAUUGUCAGACUAUUUGGCACAUGUAGAAUAUUUAAGUUUUUGUUCUGUUUGUUGCCAAAACUGUGAUAAAAUUUAAAAUGCUUUCCCAUCUAAUGAAUAGAAUAUUGCUUACUCUAGACAGUGUGUCAAUAUUUAAUGUUUAUCGAGUAUUAAAUUUUGUUAUGAUA